AAACCAGAAUAUGCAAUGCAGUUCCUUUUGGUUCCUGAGAUGGAGCAAUUGUCAGAUGAAGAGCUUGACCAUGGUGCAGAAGAAGAUAGUGAUAAGGAAGACCAGGAUCUGGACAAGAUGUUUGGGGCCUGGCUGGGUGAACUGGACAAACUCACACAGAGUUUGGAUACAGACAAGCCUGUGGCACCGGUGAAGAGAUCACCUCUCCGUCAGGAAACCAAUCUUGCCAACUUCUCAUAUCGCUUCUCCAUGUACAAUUUGAAUGAAGCCCUGAAUCAGGGGGAGACUGUGGAUCUGGAUGCCCUCAUGGCUGAUCUCUGUUCCAUAGAACAGGAGCUCAGCAGCAUCGGGUCUCAUUCAGCAAACAAUGCUGCAGUGAAACGUCCUGCCACAGAACCCAAAACUCAGAAACCACCUGCUAGUCGACCUUCUACUAAGCACAGCAGCAUGAAAGGAUUAUCCUCCUCCUCUGGUAAGGUGACUAAACCAUCACAUGCCAACGUGUCUUUGGAUGACAUCACCGCACAGCUAGAGAAGGCCUCUUUGAGCAUGGAUGAGGCAGCCCAGCAGUCCGUUGCAGAAGACCCCAAACCAGCAGUUACUGCUCAGCACAGGAGGACAGCAUCUGCUGGCACAGUGAGUGAUGCUGAGGUGCGCUCCAUCAGUAACUCCUCCCGCUCCAGCAUGACCUCUGCAGCUUCCAGCAUGGACUCCUUGGAUAUCGAUAAGGUGACGAGACCUCAGGAACUGGACUUGACGUCACAGGGGCAACCAAUCACUGAGCACUCCUAUUUGGACAGGGAAACCUCCCUCCUUCUGAGAAACAUUGCAGGAAAGCCUUCUCAUUUGCUGACCAAGGAGGAACAGGCUGCUAAACUCAAAGCUGAGAAGAUUAGGGUUGCAUUAGAGAAGAUUAAAGAAGCACAAGUGAAAAAGUUGGUGAUCAGAGUCCAUAUGUCUGAUGACAGCUCAAAAACAAUGAUGGUAGAUGAGAGGCAGACAGUGAGACAAGUAUUAGACAAUCUGAUGGACAAAUCACACUGUGGCUACAGUUUAGACUGGUCAUUGGUGGAAACCAUCUCUGAAUUGCAAAUGGAAAGGAUCUUUGAAGAUCAUGAAAAUUUAGUUGAAAACCUUCUGAACUGGACAAGAGAUAGUCAAAACAAACUGAUGUUCGUGGAACGUAUAGAGAAAUACGCACUUUUCAAGAAUCCACAGAACUAUCUUCUGGGGAAGAAAGAAACCUCUGAGAUGGCAGACAGAAAUAAAGAGGUGCUGCUAGAGGAAUGUUUCUGUGGAAGUUCUGUAACUGUGCCAGAGAUUGAGGGAGUUUUGUGGCUGAAAGAGGAUGGUAAGAAGUCUUGGAAGAAACGUUACUUUCUUCUUCGGGCUUCUGGAAUCUACUAUGUCCCUAAAGGGAAGGCAAAGGUCUCAAGGGAUCUUGUGUGCUUUCUACAGCUGGACCAUGUCAGUGUUUACUAUGGACAGGACUAUCGGAACAAAUACAAAGCACCCACAGACUACUGUUUGGUACUAAAGCAUCCUCAGAUCCAGAAGAAAUCCCAGUAUAUCAAGUAUCUUUGCUGUGAUGAUGUAAGAACUCUACACCAGUGGAUCAAUGGCAUCCGCAUUGCUAAGUAUGGGAAGCAACUAUACAUGAACUAUCAGGAAGCAUUGAAGAGAACAGAAUCGGCGUAUGACUGGACUUCCUUGUCUAGCUCCAGUAUCAAGUCAGGUUCCAGCUCAUCUAGUCUGCCAGAAUCUCAAUCAAAUCAUUCUAAUCAGUCUGACAGUGGAGUUUCUGACACCCAGCCAGCUGGACAUGUCCGUUCCCAAAGUAUUGUCAGCUCCAUGUUCUCCGAGGCCUGGAAACGAGGCACUCAACUGGAGGAAUCCAGCAAGGUAACAAGAAGACUUUAGUUUGAGAACCAGCACUCAACCAGUUGUACGACACAGAGUGAUAUACCUCUUCCACCUCUGUCCUGAGUGCAUUUCUUCUCUUUUUUAUCUUACAUUAUUGAUUUACACUUCUAUAUAAUUGUUUUUUCAGGAUUGAUUUUUCAGGGAAUUCAGCCCUGGAACUUUCUGUUCUUGCUCUUAUUUGUGUGCACAGAAGCCCUCUGUUCUUUGAAGGCAUGAUACAGCCCUUCUCAUAGAGUCGUAUUAACUAAUGUUGAAUGAAGGCAAAAUAAAAUGAUAAGCUGUUAACAA